GCGGAGCGACAGGUCUCGGGCCCCCAGGCGGAGCGGCGGGCGCCGGACCCCCAGAUGGAGCGACAGGUCUCGGGCCCCCAGACGACAGCGGCGGGCACCGAGCCGACCAGGCACGACAGUCGGGCACCGAGUCGUCUGGCGGAGACUGCGGGCACCGAGUCGUCUGGCAAGGCACUGCGGGCACCGAGUCAUCUGGCAAGACUGCGGGCACCGAGUCGUCUGGCAAGACUGCGGGCACCGAGUCGUCUGGCAAGACUGCGGGCACCGAGUCGUCUGGCAAGACUGCGGGCACCGAGUCGUCUGGCAAGACUGCGGGCACCGAGUCAACUGGCG